AUGGGCAUCACGGUCGCCCAAGGCGGGAUGGCGUUCGGGAUCGCGGUCGACGACCCAAGUAGUUUGGCUUGUUCGCCCGGCGACACCAUCGUCGGCUGCGCCAUCCGCAAAAUGCCCCUGGUGAGCCCGGACGCCGUCGUCACGGUGACCCUCUGCGGCAGGGCCAAGACCAAACUCAUCGUCCGAUCCGGCAACAACUCGACCCGCACGUACCGCGGUCGCUUCGGCCUCGUCGACCAGCGCGCGCACAUGCAGACCCUCUUCCGGGGCCCGCUUCACAUCGUCAACGGCGAGCCCGCACGGCAGUGGCCCUUUACGAUCCGCGUCCCGACGCACUGCGCUCCCAAGGCGCUAGGCCCCGUGUCACAGGCCGAGAGCUACCUGCCGACAGACGCCGCAUCUGUGGCCGCGACCCCGCUCCCCAACUCCUUCUACAUGGACGGCGGCCCCGGCUUCUCCCACCGGCAACGCGAGGGAUUCGUCGAGUACUUUAUCACAGCGACUCUCACCUACACGCACGGGGGUGAGCGGAAAUCCGCAGAGGCCACCCUGCCAAUCGCACUUAAGACCGUGACCGGCGACCCGCCCAUCGUCGACUUUCAGCUUCGGCGCUACCGCCAGAUUGGCUGCGUGUCUUCGUUCAAGCUCCUGCCGGGCGUCGACGACUCCCAAUUGACAUUCAAACAUAAGUUCCGGCAGGCGCUCCACUCGUCCAAAGUGCCUCGCUUCCAAGGCUUCAUGGAGAUGGCCCUCCCGGGCACCAUCCAGCUCGACAACCCCAGCACGAUACCCAUCCUGCUGAGGUUCGUGCCCGACCCCAAGAUGACGAGCAGCGAGCUGGCCGGGACCCCCAUCGAGAUCACCCUCGUCUCGAUGCACAUGCAGGUCGAAACGGAGAUCGGGCUGCGGUGCGAGGGCACGUUCGGCCCGCACGACGGGGAGGCAGGGUUCAAGACGCGCGUGCCCAUCUGGCCGCCGAUCCGUGGCGGCGGCGGCGCUAUUCUCAUCCCCUGCACGCCCGAGCAGGCCCCGGUCGACGUCGGAGCGAGGGCCGACUUUAAGGUGUCGAGAGUCAAGGCCUUCCGGGACAACAUGUCGCCGACCUCUACGACCUUCAACAUCAAGCGGUGGCACCGGGCCGAUUUCGAGUUUCGGGCGCGGGUGGGUGAGGCGGGGGAGUUUCGGAUGAAGAAAAGCUUGGUAUUAACGAUUCUCCCGCCGGGUGGUGAGCUGAGGAGUACAGCUGCCCAGGCGGCUGAGCAGGUGGGUGGCUCUGCGCAAGCUGCGAGUGCCGCCGUGAGCGAUGGCGAGGAGGCGCCGCCGCCACCCUUUCAGGCGAGGUCGGAAUCGUGGAUCCAACCGCCAGCUGAACAGGAAGCGCCGCCGAGCUUUGCGCAGGUCCGGAAGGAGGACGCUAUGGCGGGUAGGGAUCGGAAUAAUGGCGAGAGUGCGGGAGGUUCUGGAGCUUCGGCCUCGUAG